AUGGCGCGCACAGGCCUUUUUGUUGUGGUGCUGGCCUUGGCGGCCGUCAUGGCCCGCGGCGACGAAGCGCCGUUCGUGUACAACACCGUGACUGCGGUGGCCGACCGUGCCGACUUCAAGACGACGAUCAAAAUUGUGCGUGCACUGGGGUUUGUGGAGACGUAUGACUGCACGGGGGACAACAAGAUCUUCCUGCAAGACUUCCUGACCUGCGACUUCACCUGGGUCGAGGAUGUGGUUGACAAGAAGAAGGUCAUCUCGCCUGUGAAGUGCCCUAGGGGAUGCGCCAAGCAGUGGGGCAAGAUCUCCGAGGGCUGCUACGAGGGCUUCCGCGCCAACAUGGUCGCCGACAAGCGCUUUGGCAAGCUGGCCGACAACUUCUUUGACGAGUGCAAAGUGAACAGCAAGGCCGACGUCGUCAGCUCGGCCUCCAUCGACAAGACAGAGGACAAGCCCGCCGCGGGUGGCGCAGCCGGCGACAAGCCCGCCGCGGGCGGCGCAGCCGGCGACAAGCCCGCCGCGGGCGGCGCAGCUGGCGACAAGCCCGCCGCCACUGGCUCUGUGUCGGCCACCAGCCUUGAUGCUGCCGCCCCCGCUCCAGCCUGGAGCGAGUCUGAUGGUGCGGAGUCGCCAGCAACCGAGGACACCACCGCCGCCACCCCCACCGCCUCUGAGGAGACCACCACCACCGACCCCGAGGAGGGGACCGUCCCCACGCCGGACCCUGCCCCCAUCCCUGAGGAGGAGGAGACCACCGACCUGCUGCUCGACGCCUUCGCACCUGCUGGCGCCGAGGCGCCCGCCCUGGCUGAGGCACCCGUUGCCGGACCUGUUGUCGCUCCUGCUGCUGCCCCCUCCCCCGCGCCGGCGCCAUCCCCAUCCCCCGCGCCCACCCCUGCACCUGCGCCGGUGCCCAGCAGCGCUUCCGCCGCCUCUGUCAAGUAUGUGGCGCUGGCGCUGCUCGGCAUGCUGGUGCUGCUGGUUUGA